GGUAGCUGGAGGUGAGCUUCUUGAAGCCUUGAAUGCCUUAAACCAAGGCUGGAGAGGGAGGCCAACCCAAGUGGAGGCCUCAGAUCUCAGGGCCCGGUGGGAGGGAUAGAGGCCUGCCUCUGGCAGCCAGGCCCAGGCAGAGGUCCUGCCUCCUGUGUGGGCUCAACAGAAGUCCUGGAGGGUGCUGGGACGGUGCUGGGACAGGGCCGGGAGAGGUGCUGGGCACGACCGGCUGGCUGCCGGUGCCGGUGCCCUGGUCCUGCCCUCUGGGAGUGGAAGGGUGGGGGUGGUGGCUCAGCGUUCCUGGCUGGGAGCCCAGAGGAGUCUUUUGUAAUCACAACAUGAUCUCGUGUGCUGAGCAGCGAAGCCGGCAGGGAGAGGCCGGCUCCGGCGGCUCCGGCUUCCCUCCUGCUCUGGCUCCCUGGGGCUGCUCUGGAACUCUCUCCGUGCCCGCUGUUGCCAUGUACCCAGCUGGGCCCCAUAGAGCUGAGUCCCCGAUGAGCAGGCAGCAGGAGAAGGAUGCAGAGCUGGAUCGCAGGAUAAUUGCCCUGCGAAAGAAGAACCAGGCCUUACUUCGCAGGUACCAGGAGAUCCAGGAAGACCGUCGGCAGGCGGAACAGGGGGGCAUGGCUGUGACCACACCAGGGCUCCUCCUACCAGACAGCCUCACCGUCACCAUCAGCCAGGUUCCCGGUGAGAAGCGAGUUGUCAGCAGGAACUGGGUGAGGAGCCCUCCUGGGCCUGGAGUGCCCAAUGAGAUGGUCGAGGGUGAGGAUGCAGAGGACCAUAGGGGCACUUUCUGCUUGGGGGAGCGAGUGGAAUUGGCCGUGACCAUGGAAAACAAAGCCAAGGCUAAACGGAUCGUGAGUGAGAAGUCCACUAGAGCACCGAGCCAGGGGCCAGGUGGGUUACCUGGAGGGGGCUGGGGCCGGAGCUCCCCCUCGCAGACGGCUGUCAGCUCGGAUUCUGUGCGGAAGGGUGCUUGGGAGCCCCGGAGUCCAGGCACUGUCCCAGGCCCAGCGCCCCGGCAGCCAGUGGGGCAGGCCCCAGAGACGCUGGGCUGGGACUAUGCCCAGUGGAAGCAGGAGCGGGUGCAGAUUGACCUGGCCCGCCUCGCACGACACAGAGAUGCACAGGGUGACUGGCGCCGCCCGUGGGACCUGGACAAGGCCAAGCCCAUGCUACAGGACAGCGGCGUGGCCCGGGACAAGGGUCCGGCCAGGGUGGGCAGCAGAAAGGGUCUCAGGGCCCAGCGGAAGGUACAGCCCCCACUGUUUUCCCCUGUUGGGAAAGGUCGAGGUGAACAGCCUGGCAGACCUUCAGUUUUGCCAGCCACAAGCGGCAAACCCUGGGGGAAAGAGAGGCUGACUGGCAGGGCCCGAAGGUGGGAAGCGAAGGAAGAGGAGGAGGAGCUGCAGAGUCAGGAGGGAAGCCAGAGCACCAGAAAGCCUUCCAUGGCAGAGGAGGAGCAUGCGCAGAAGCAGAGUGACACGGAGCUGGGCCGACUGGAGGGGAGCCUGGCAAGCGGCCCAGCCCCAGCCUCCCCAGAGGGGCCAAAAGGGGAGUUGGGAGCCUCGACAGCCAACUCGGCCCCUGGCUCUCCCCAAAAUACUGACCUGGCUCCACUUGACCUCUCUCUAGGAGGACCCAGCAGCCCCAGGCCUGGAGAGAGUGCAUGUGUGCUCAGCCCAGGGCCUGGGGCCCAGGAGAGCCCAGUGUCCCUGCCAGGUGGCUCUCAGCAACAGCCCCUGGGGUGUAAUGACCACCAGUCCAGGCCAGAAGUCCAGACUUUCUCUGGACCAAAAAAAGGAGCAGGGGCCUUAGAGCCCAGAGAGGACAGGGCUGCCAAGGCUGGAGCCCAGCAGAGCUUGACUCCUACCAGCAGGGGCCCCAGAGGAACCAGCCAAAGAGUGAGAGGCACGGGUGUGAGGAGCAGGACAGGGGGUCCUGGCCCUUCGGGAAGAUGCUGAGCAUGGCUCCCAGGAGCCAGCAGCUGGGCUGGGGAGAAGAAGCAGAAACUCAGUCAGAAGUCUGGUUGCUGGUGGCUUGUGCUAGCCUGGCUGAGUAGUGUGGCAAACCCGUCAACAGGGCCGCCUCCUUAACCCUGCACCUCACCUUCGCGUCCCUGAGCACAUGUGGGUCUUCCUAGGCAGGCUCGGGCCCCUGGCAUAUUCCUAUGCUGGGACCAGGUAUCCAAGGGUGGUUCCCUGACCUGUGCCCACCGCUCCCCAGGUCAUGAGCCUUUUCUACCAUGGUGACAGAGCAGGGCUUGGUAACCCCCAGCACCUGGUCUUCCUGGCUACCCAUCAUCUCUAGGGCUUCUGCUCAGCUGGCAUGGUAAGCCCAAGCCCAGGUCCUUUUCAUGCCCUGCCCCUCUCCCAGGUCACUCACAGUCCCAGACUCCCAGGAUGGCCAAGCCCGGAGGAUCUCAGCCAUCACCUGUCAGCCUCCUGCUUCUCCUAAAGAGGACCCUGAGGUCCAGUUGGCAGAGACUGGGCUGGGAGCAGAAUAGAAGAGUAGACAGUGCGAAAAGAAAGGUGUUUAGAAAGGCCUCCUCUCUGAAACAGGGCAGCCUGGGGAGGGGACACCUCCUGAACCCACAGCAGGGUGGGAGCGCUCACCAGCAGGCACCCCUCUCCCCGACACCGGAUCAGACAUCAUGUGCACCCGGAGGGAGACAAGGGUAAUUUCCUGCCCUCUCCUCCCCUACCUCCUGCACCAAGGCCAUGCCGAAGGAAGGAAUCAGAGACGGAGACUCAAGAGCCAGACGGACAGUGACUCCAGCUAAGUAGGACAUCAGGUCUUGUCUCUCCUACUUAGUCUCCAUUUCCUCCCUCUCCCCCAAGGCCCAUGCCUGGUGAAUUAUCCAGACUCUGCACAAGCUGUGGCUUCCUUUCAAUUCAACAUUUCCUGAGCACCCUCUACCAGUAAUCCAGCCGGUGGGCGAUGGUGGCUUUGCCAGCAAGAGGGAGGGAAGAAACCCAGUCAUCGGCAGCUCUAGGCUGAACAGCAGGUGCUGUUCUUGGCUAUAGACGCCUGAAAGCACUGGGGGCAGGACAGUGGUAGGAGCCGGAGGGGAAACAGCCAUCUCUGCUUGGUGGAGACAGAGGCUCUUGUUUUAUGUGACCCAUGCCCUCUGCACCCAAGCCUUUGCCUGGACCUCAGCAUGUGGCCCCUUCUGCUCCCCUCCUCUCUGUGUGGGUCUUCCUGAGAGGCUGGUGGACCUCACAGGCCCUCUGAGGCUCUAGGGAGAAUCCAGAUCAUCCUCCGGAUGUCACUACCGUUACCUAUGGGGUCAGAACUGUGGGGUGGCAGCUCAUUCUUCCUCCCUGGCUCUUGGCUCCUCCCCCAUCCUCUACUCAGGAAAGGGAUCUAUCUCUUCAGCAGACCAGAUGGAGAACCCUUCUCACCCUUUCUGUGAAGAGUCAAGCAGGUUCUGGAGAGGGCCUGCAAGUGAGGCCUGCUGCUCCUGCUGGUUCCUAGAUUCCACCUUUUGAACAGUAAGGGUCCGGAUGAAAAUUCGUGGAGGGCUGGGAGAGAAGGCAGAUUCUAAAGGGCAGGUUGCUGGCUAUGUAGGAGCAGGGAAGGGUUACCCCUGCCUGGAGCAACAAAGUAUCUUGAUUUCAGAGCGGAGUCAAAGCAGAGGUUCCUGGGAAAAUCUCCAGGGAUCAGUGAGGGGUGGUGCCAACUCCGUGCAGUGCACCAAGAAGCUGGUCAGGGAUGUUAGGUGGCCAGUGGGUAAAAGCGGUGGGUGUGAGGUCAGCAGAAGCUGGGGAAGGCUUGGAAACAUCUUUAUGCACCCGGGAGACAUCUAGACCAGAGCAAAGACGCCUAGCUCAAGCUUUCCUCUUGUCUUCUAGUCACAAGUUUAUAGCUUUGUAGUAUGGCACAGGUCCUGGAGCUCACAACUCCCAAAGGACAGGGCUGAGGGCCAGAGGAGGUUCAGGGAAGGCCCUUGAGUUCAGAUGUCUCUGAAAAUGAUUUCAAUAAAAUAUCUGAAUUCUGAACUGGGGAUGUAGUCCCCAGUGUAGUCUGUGGUGGAGCACAUGCUUAGCAUGAGAGAGGCCCUGGAUUUGAUCCCAGUAGCACAUCAAAAACAAAAAAAGGAGAGAAUUUGAAUUCUAAAGUUCACAGCUGUAUCCCAUAGACCCCCAGGUGCCAGCUGUACAGUUGUACCUUCAUUAAAGGGUGUAAGUUAUGGCCCAUUUGACCAUGGAAGAUAGAGAAAUUGGGCAGAGCCCUGGUUCAGCCCUUGGGAAGGGACCAAAGCAGGAGGGAAAUUUGGGUAGAAAGGCUUGGAGGACAGGGAGCUUCCCUUCAUGAGGGAGCAUCCAGAAGACUGUUAGGAGAAAGGGUUCCUGCAGUGGGGAGAAGGGAGAAUAGCACAGGAUGUCUUCAUCGCAGGAAGACAAGAUGGUAGAGCAGGGAAAUAACCCUGAGCUUUUCCUGGGAAAGGAGAGCUCUUCUCCAAAAUAAGGGAAAAAACAGCUAUGGUGGCUGCCCUUGCUGCUCUAAGAUGAAGCCAGCUAUGGAAGAGGAAAUACAGCUAGGCACCCUCCAUAGACCUUGGGAUCAUGGCAAGCUGGCAGUAUCUCUUCCUGGCUUCGAGCCUUCCUCUCAGAUGCCCUUGCCUAAUGACAGACAAGACCACUCUUCAAGGGACUUCAUUAACCAUGGCUAUCAGGAACCUAGACAUAAGACCAGAGGAGUUGAGCAAGAAGGUCGCACGGGAGUAGGAGAGAGCCAGCAGGAAAAGAACAGCUUUACCUGAAGCCUUGAGACAGGAGGGCUAAAAAGGCAGAGAGGCCUCUCUGUCCCAGGCCCAUCUCACUUGGCAGAAAGAAAACCGAGUAGACCAGACACAAGAAAGUCACGUGUUUUGAUGACAGGCAGCAUGGUAGAGUGGAAUGAGCACUGGCCUUGGCAUCUAACAGACUGAAUCUGAACUUUAGCCUGCCAUCUGUCAGCUGAGUGACUCCGGGCUAUUUUAACUUCUAAAGCCUCAGUCUCCUUAUCUGCAAAGUGACCUUGAAGGAUUGUUGAGAAAAUGAAAAGAGUUUGCAAAAAUAUACCUGGCAUACCGUAGACACUGUAGUGUGGUCUCCCUGGCACACAGCAGGGGCUUGGUGAAUACCUGUUGAAUAAACAAAGUGGCUAUUUGGUGUGA